AUGGAUCCAUAUGGUCGUUCGUAUGUGGAUCCAUUUAGUCAACCUAGAACUUUUCUUGGUCUUUUAUCAUCUCAGCAAGAACCCCAAAUCCAUGAGACGUCUUCCCCUUCGAUGGGACUUGGAUCAUCACAAGCCCCACAGUUUGAGACCCAAAUGAGUGAGGAGACUGAAGAGAUACCAGAGGGACGUACCGAGAGACGCAAAUGGAGUCAAACGGAAGACGUUGUGCUAUGCAGCUCUUGGUUGAACACCAGCAAGGAUGGUGUGAAGGGGAAUGAGCAGAAAGGAGAAGCGUUUUGGAAACGCAUAGGUGAUUACUUCAACAAGUCUUCGAAUCUCGAUGGUUUUCAAAGAAGAUCACCCAACAACUGUAAGCAGAGGUGGCACAGGGUAAACGCGGAGGUCUGCAAAUUCGUAGGAUGUUAUGAAAUGGCACAGAGGCAGAAGAGGAGCGGAUUCAAUGAGUCUGACGUUAUGAAGGUGGCUUACGACAUCUUCUUUGCAGAUCACAAAGCGAAGUUCAACCUUGAACACGCAUGGAUAGAGCUUCGGAAUGAUCAGAAGUGGUGUGCACAUGCAACUUGCAAGGGCGAUGGAAGCUCCAAGAAAAGGAAGCUUCCUGAUCAAUCUGCAAGCUCAUUCACACCGCAACCAGAGGAUCAACAGGCCCGUCCUGAGGGUGUGAAGGCAGCUAAGGCGGCAGCUAAGGCGAAAGGCAAAAGAAGUAUGAGCAACUCAGGCACAGCGGAAAGCGCAGCUCCUUCUGGGGAGGAUUUUAAGAACAUGAUAACAGUGAAAGAAAAGGACCUGGCUGUGAAAGACAGAAUGACCAAGGUCCAUCUGCUUGAAUGUCUGCUUUCAAGAACAGAAUCACUUACACCAAGUGAGCUGGCCCUGAAGGAGAAGCUCGUAACUGAAAUGCUUUCUAAUUAG